AUGGCCGGGUACCUGACGCACCUGCUUGCGGAUGAAACAUGGAUCGCGAACAUGUUUAGGCCGUUCUUCGGCAACCGGGAUGUGUUCGAAGACGGCGUGCUGGGGCUGGUGAUGGACAGGGCGAUGCAGCUGGAGCUCGACAGACGCUGCUGGCAGGAGAUAGGACCGCUACGAGAAUCGCUCGACAUUGCGGUGGAGCAGGUGCAGGUCGAAUUCCUGCCGGACGAGACGCUUGCGGACUGGGUACAGUGGGUGACAUCUAAUCUUGACCGCGGAUUCUCGUGGGAGCGGCUUCGGUUCAUGGCGCGGCGGAUCGCUUCGGGAGAAGAGGGGCAUCCGGCGCAUGUGCUUGCGGACGCCUUCGUGAAUGACUCAUCGGACGGUAUGGAGCGCAUGUAUGCGUACAUCCCGCGCGGGAGUGAGGAAGAUUAUCAGGAGGCAGUAGUAGCAUCGCUGACCAAAGCCAUCGAGGCAUACCUGCCAUGA